GGUGCGCCCUGCAGACAGAGAUGCGCGUUAUGGAGCGCACUUUCCGAGAGCAGCUCUUCUUUCUGGUGUUGUGCUUGUCUGUCCUCAAAGGAGACUCUAGAUAUAUCGAGAACAACGAGAUCUCAAAGGAUGAAUUAUAUUCAUUUUUUAACUCGGAACUCAAGAGAGAAAUACCUGAGGAGUUACUGUACCGCCGACCUUUACGUUGUCUGGACAUGGUUGCAGUGGAGGGUCAGUUCACCUUCACAGCAGAGCGUCCUCAGCUCAGCUGUGUUGCUUUCUUCAUGGCAGAGCCCAACGAAGUGAUCAGCGUGGAAUAUGACAAUGUUGACAUCGACUGCAGGGGAGGAGACUUCAUCACGGUGUUUGAUGGCUGGGUGAUGAAAGGAGAGAAGUUCCCCAGCUCCCAGGAUCACCCGCUGCCUCUCUACGAGCGCUAUGUGGAUUACUGUGACUCGGGAUCACUGAGGAGAAGCGUGCGCUCCUCUCAGAAUGUGGCCAUGGUCUUCUUCCGCAUUCACAACGCCGGCAGCAGCUUCACGUUGACAGUCAGGAAACACAUCAAUCCUUUCCCCUGUAAUGUCAUCUCCCAGUCACCAGAGGGCAGUUACACAAUGGUGAUCCCGCAGCAGCACAGAAACUGCAGCUUCUCCAUCAUAUAUCCAGUGGAGAUUGACAUCUCCGAGUUCAGCCUGGGACACUACAACAGCUAUCCCAAGAGGUCCAUGCCAGGCUGUGCAGAAUCAGGAGAUUUUGUGCAGUUGCUCGGAGGAAACGGCAUCGACACAUCGAAGCUGCUGCCCAUCACAGACCUCUGCAUUUCCUUCACUGGACCCACCCACAUGAAGAUCGGCUGUGAUAACACAGUGGUGAGGAUGGUGUCCAGUGGGAAGUUUGUCAGCCGAGUGUCUUUCAGCUACAGACUACUGGACAGCCAGGAGCUGCAGACGAUUAAACUCAACAAUGUAGAGGAUUUCUGUUUCAAUAACUGAUCCCAGCAGGAUCAUAAAGUGACAAAUGUAUCAUUUGACUGCAAACAUAUUUUUUUCAAUUAUUUUAUUAAAAAAAAACCAAGAGAUCCACCUGGUCAGUCCCUGUGAUUGGACAAAAUGUCUUAUAUCAACAGACAUCAAAAUAAAUGUGUAGGAAAAAGAACACAGUCAAAGAGAUAUCACAGUAUUACAAACUCUAAAAUUCACUGGGCAUUUAUUUUUGUUUUUAUUUUAUUUUUCUCACUCAUUCUGGUCAUUGCUAAAUAAAGCUUAAUGAAGUGUCCUUUUGUGUUUGGUGCAACUGCUAUUGUUUUUAUUUCUGCUUUAUGUACAGUAUGUGUAUUUAUUAAGACUUAUGAUAUUGUCAUUAUAUAUGAGUUCACGGUCAACAUUCUUGAAAAGGAAUGGUGCUGAAAUGAAUGUUAGUUGUGUUUAUUUUGCUGAAUGAUACAUGAUGUGCCAAGUCAUAUCCUGCCACAGAUGACAUACAGGGCAAUAGGUCAAGUGUUCAAUAUAAUAAAUACAAGUGUCCAUUGCCAUAAUGCAGUUAAAUUUGUAUAAAAACCUUUUUGUAAUAAAAUUAU